AUGUCUAGAGGAAAACUAUUGGUUUACUUGUUGAGGCGGGACUUGCGAGUCUCUGACAACCCUAUCUUCCAUCAUCUAGCAACUACCACUGAUCAUGGCUUCACUCAUCUCUUGCCGGUUUAUGUCUUUCCUGCCAACCAGGUAGAGGUGUCUGGGUUUCUCAAAGACGGCGAGUCAUCGCCCUAUCCUCCAGCCAAAAGCCAGGUGGGUAAAUUUUGGCGAUGCGGACCCCAUCGAGCGAGGUUUACUGCCGAGGCUGUUUGGAACCUGAAGGCGAAUCUGGAUGAAUUGGGAAGCGGUCUGAUACUUCGAGUCGGGAACGCCAAGGUCGUCCUGGGUCACUUGAUUGAGGAGCUGAAGGAACAUGUACCUUGUGUCAGUGCCGUCUGGAUGACAGAGGAGCCUUCCUGGGAGGAGGUGCAGGAGCAGGAGUCCAUAUCUGCGCUAUGUUCAGAGAAAGAGAUAGAGUUUAAGUUAUGGAAGGACGAAAAGUAUUUUGUUGACGACCGCGACACUGGUCUGGAGAACCCAGCAGACCUACCAGACGUUUUCACCACGUACCGAAAAUCCCAAGAACCGCUUCGAGAAAAGCCUCGCAAGGUUUUGCCAAAGCCAGGAAAAUCAUCACUUCCCGUCUUCCCACAAGAAGGGUCGAUACCUCCCCAGCCGUCCCCUUUCGUCCCACCUGAGUCUUUGGAAGACCUUCAAAAAAGGCUAGUAAAACCGCUGGGAAAGAUUCUUUCCAGCGUCCCCGAACGGCCCGAAAAUGCCUCAUCCGGGCACCCUUUUACUGGUGGUGAGAGCGUCGCUUGGCAGCGUCUGAGAUAUCUAGUAAAGUCUGGUGCGAUGACCUCCUACAAGGACACCCGCAAUGGACUUAUUGGUGAAGAUUAUAGCACAAAGCUAUCUGGUCAUUUGGCACUAGGCACCAUCACUGGCAGGCAAAUUCACGAAGAGCUUUUGAAGCUGGAAGACGGGACUGACGAGCAGUACAAAGAAGCCCCGGGUUAUGGGGAUGGCGAGAAUGAGGGAACAAAAGGAAUUCGAUUCGAACUACUGUGGCGGGAUUAUAUGCGGCUGUGUACGGCCAAGUUUGGGCGCAAACUAUUUAGACAGUCUGGUUUCCGGGAGGAUGGGACGUACGAUAAGAAAUGGAAGACUGCCGACGAGAAAAAGGCCUCUUCCGACCAGGACCCAAAUCCGACUGAAGUCAAGAAAAUCCUCGAACGGUUUCAAAAUGGCACCACCGGAAUGGGGAUCAUAGAUGCCUCCCAGCGUGAGUUAUUUUACACAGGAUACACGUCGAACCGAGCCCGACAAAAUGUUGCCAGCUUUUUCUCUAAACACCUAGGAAUCGAUUGGAGAUAUGGGGCCGAAUGGUACGAAAUGAUGCUGGUAGAUUACGACGUGUCUUCGAAUUGGGCAAACUGGCAGUAUGUAGCGGGCGUUGGAAACGAUCCUCGAGGCGAUGCCCGCACAUUUAACCCCGUCAAGCAGGCAUUUGAUUACGAUAAGGAGGGAAUGUAUGUUCGUACGUGGGUUGCUGAGCUGCAGCCUCUUGAGAAGCUUGAGAACAUUUUUCAACUUUGGACAACCGAUGAUGCAGCGUUGGAGGGCUGUGGUCUAUCUGGGAACAUCAUGGCCACGGACCCCGUUAAGAAGAUUGACUUCUAUGUUGAUCGUAAGCCCCGAGCAGCACGACGACCAUAUAGUAGACGACGUGGGAACUCUCGAGGUGGUCGUUGGGGUGGCAACUACAAUAACGCACACCACAGUGGAUCUGGAACGUCAUCCGACGCGGCGGCAAACGAUUCAACAGGUGCUUCGAGUGCGGAUGUUGAAUCUCGAGAUCAAGGUCGACGUGAUGGGACAGCUAAUCAAGCUCGCGAGUCUCCAUGGAGAGGCAACCACAUGGGCGGACAACUGCUAAGCAUGCAUGGACAAGGCGGCAGAGGUUGGCAUGGAGGAGAGCACCCUCGAGGACGUGGCAAUUUUGGCCAACAGUUUCGAGGCAACUGGCGUCCAUAUGGACAUAGGGGCAGUUUCAGGGGACGAUAUCCAUACGCGGCCCAUCAACCCUAUCAACACUUUCCCGCAGGGCCACAGUAG